CCAGCGUGGAGUCGGUUGCUGGCUGCCGCCGUAGAAAUGGUGAAAGAAGGAGAAACUCAAUGUAAAAUUCCCUCAAAACGGAGAAAGCUUCAGAAAAUCGGAGAUGAAUCGGAAGAUGAUCGAAUCAGCAUGUUGCCAGAUUGCGUGCUUGUUGAAAUCCUGUCUCGUUUACCCUACACAAAAGACGCGAUUAGAACAGGUACACUCUCUAAACGAUGGGAACAUCUUUGGACUUUGCUUCCUAUUCUAGUUUUUAAACAUGAUCAGAAUAAUCUCCCAUGGUCCGAUUUCGUUUUAACGGUUGACAAAACCCUAACUCAAUGUUGCCCAUUGAAGCUCAAGAAAUUCGUAGUGAAUACCAGUACUUAUAGCGGAUUCGAAUCACAAGUCAACAACUGGAUUCGUUAUGCUAUAAGAUGUAACGUUGAAGAGCUUGAUUUAACAUUAGGUGGUGUGUCAAUAGAAGCUGAAUUUAUGGUAGAUCAAGUUUUUUUCAUAAGUUCAUGUUUUACACAUCUGACAUUAGAAGGGUGCAUACUGAAUCCAACUGGGGCGAUUAGUUGGAAAAAUCUUAGGAGUUUGUGUAUUUCCAAUGGGAAAUUAGAUGAAGAUUUGAUUGAAAACAUAUUAUAUGGUAGUCCUCUAUUGGAAACUUUGGAAUUGGAAUGGUGCUAUGGCUAUAAGCGCCUCAAUAUUACUUCAAAAAGCGUAAAGAAGUUGGUGGUAUCUGAAUACUAUGAUCCUAAAUACUUUUAUGAUGAUCUUCACGAUACUCUUGAAAUCAAUGCUCCGAAUAUUUUAUCACUAACAAUCAAAGGUGAUAUGUUAUUGGAGAAGCUUUCUUGGACAAAUGUGUUUUCUUUAGUCAAAGCUGACUUAGAUUAUACAAAGAUGCGGCAUUUGUGUAGAACAUCUAAAGGAAGGAAGCUUAAAAGAUUUAUUCUAAACCACCUCUAUCUCAAGGAGCUUAAAAUUGGAAGUUUCUGUUCUAAGGUUGUGCCUCAUUUGGAAGCUAAAGGUUUUGUUGUUCCAUCAAAUAUCACACCUCCUGGUGUUACUUAUAAUUGGUCUAGUGAGAGUGAGAGUGAGAGUGAAAGUGAGAGAGAGAGUGAGGAUGAUUCAGAGUGAUUCAGUUGAAAGUAGAGACUGGUGAUGCAUUGAAUUCUUGUUUAGACAUUUUUGUUGUUGUGAAAUAUUUUCAUCUUUUGUGUUUUGGAUCAUUUCUUACUUAAAAUUAUCGAUCGAUUGACCGUCUAAUGUGAUC